AUGAGGCCCGAUGAGAAGGAGCUGUUGCUGACGGUGGAAUUGGGAGGGAUGAAUUCUGAGGUACUUGGAUUUGGCUUUGCUGAGUCUCAACUGCCUUCUGGUAAGGCAGACCCAUUAACCGGACCGGCUUUUGAGGAACUCCAAGUCUCUGGAAGGAAUGUAGCUAUCGCUCCAAUAUCCCGAGGUCAUAGCGCCUUUGUGAGGUGGUAUGGUCGCCCUCGGGGCGCUAGAGGGUUCUUGAUCUUCUCCCUAGAAGUUGUGGAGUCAUCCCUGGGAUCGCGCCUGCGCUUCAUUGGCGUCGUGCUAGCAGAAAGUCGGAGUGAUCAAGUCUUGAAGCUGCGUUCGCAUUUCUCGAUGAAAGCUGCAUAA